CAUAGUUUUUAUGAGUUUGACCCAAAUACCUACCGAUAAUAAACAGCUGCAAAUUGUUUAUUCACUGCUGUCAAUUUAUAAUUACUUUUGCGGCAGCAGGCGCUACAAAAUUAUCCCUUUUACAUAAUUAAUUAGUUACGGAAUAGUGUACUUAUUUUUUGUCGUUAAUAAUAAAUAAUAAUUACCAGCUAUGUGUUUUGAUUGCCGAUUGUAGGCGAGUCAAACCCUCAAGAAAACUAGUACAAAAAACAAGGCAGGCUAGUGCAAAAAAUAAAUUUUUGGUAGAAGCUUUUAUCGCUGACUGUACUUUUCUUUCCACGGGCAACUUAAUACUCAUCGAGACGAUUCCAAAGACCCCAAACACAAUUAGGUUGCGUUGUUUAAUUACAUAGUUCCUAUGGCCACCAUCUGCAUCAUCAGAACAGCUCGAUGGUACCAUAACAUUGCAUUGUCACCCGACUUACAUACGAGUAUGUAUGCAAAUUUUCAGCUUCAUCGUAGACCGGGAAAUGGGUCACCAAAUUUAACUUGCAAGACUUGACCCGUACAUUUAUGCAUUUAAAGAAGAGUUCUUUUUGAUUUUGUUUAUUUUAGAAAUUCAUUUCAUCGCUAACUGUACUUUUCUUUCAACAUUUUCAAUGGUCAACUAAUACUGUACCUACUCCUGUAUCCAUCCUCAGAGCAGCUCGAUGGUAUCAUAAACUAUAAUAUUGCAUUGUCACCCAACUUACUAUAUGUAUGUGAAGUUUCAGUUCAACAGAAUAAUGGGAAGUAGGUCUAAAUUAGUUUACAAGAUUUGACUGAGAGGCGGUGUUAGGCGUGGGCGACGAGGGCCACCGCCUACGGCCUCGCGGUCUGAGGGGCCUCGCGCCUCAAAUAAGUAUAUCUUUGUUGUUAGUUGUUUCUUGCGCCACCAGAGGGCUAAGCUAAAUGUACCUUGCCGAUAUAAAAUUUUGGUCUUGCCCCGCCACUGAUUUGACUCGAACGUACAAACAAAAGUUAAUAAAAGUUUUAACAAAGUAAGUAACUUAUAAUUCCGCUUUCAGCUUUGUCCUCGUCCACGUCUGCCGGUCAAAGCGACAAUGGGUAUAAAUAUAAAUGCACAAUCACGGCUGCAAACUGCGACACAACGUUAAACGACAUCGAUCUAAUUGGCCUGCCUGCAUUGUCUCAUUGAAGUUGCAAAAGCGCCCAAGUCAAUCCAGUGCUCCUGCAGCAGCGCUCUGGCAGAUGGAGACGUUGGAUAAGUUCGGCCUCGCGCACUGCGAUCUGCCGACCAUGAUGUGGAACGUCGCGGUGAUGCUACGAGUGGUGGCGGUGAAGAUCGAGGGCGGCGCCACAUCAAUCCCGAUAUUCUUCUACCUCCUGGCGACGGUGGCCAUAGUGCUAUACUUCUUCAACUACUACGCGUCCAUGCUCGUCUUCGUGCUCGUGGGCUGCCGGGAAACGGGCGACAUCCUGGCCGGCAUUAUGGUGCUGUCCAUCAGCAUGAACAGCCUGAUUGGCAUCAACAAGCUAUUUUACAUUUACAGACAUCAGGACAAAGUGCAAUCAUUGGUGGCUGACUACGUAGCCUACGACCGCAUAGCUCCAUGGGCCGGCACCUCUGCCCUUAUGGCCGAACACAUGAGAAGUGUUAAAAAGAGGUUGAUUUUGUUCUGGACUGUCACGAUGGGCAAUGCCAUCAUCUUUAAUUUGCAGCCGCUAGUGAUGCCGUCGAGACUUAAUUUGUAUGACAAACAUGUGACGUAUGGUUUGAAAUUUAUCCUGGGCAUAACAAACUACCCGAUCGCUAUAGUCAACAUAGUCGCCUGUACUUUCUUCAUCUGCUAUAUAACCUCAAGCAUCGGCGGUCUCCUCAUCGUGACCACUGGUUACAGUGAAGGAAGACUGCUGGCUCUCAGCCAAGAAAUGCAAGAUCUCUGGAGCGAUGCGCAUAAACACUACAGUGAGAAUUUUGAAGGGGAUAGUGAAGAUAAAAAGGCAGCAAAGGAAUUGAAUAAUUAUGUUAAUUAUCGCUUACAAGUCAUAGUUAAAAGCCACGCGAUUAACAUUGAUGUUAUAAAGAAGCUUGAAGGUAUUUUCCGUAACGCGAUUGCAGUAGAAUUUAUUUUGCUUACGGCUGGCCUUAGUAUUGAUCUCCUAGGAGGUUUGGAGGACACUUAUAUAAUCUUACCUUUUUCUUUAAUGCAAGUCGGUAUGGACUGCUACUUGGGGCAAAAGUUGAUGGAUGCUUGCAAAGUUUUCGAGGACGCUAUCUAUGAUUGUAAGUGGGAGAAUUUCGAUGUUAAAAAUAGGAAAACGGUUCUGUUGAUGCUGAAGAUUUCACAGAGAACGUUGUCGCUGUCGGCUGGUGGUGUGGCCACGCUCAGUUUCGAAUGUUUAAUGGCCAUGUAUAAAGCUGUGUAUUCCGCUUAUACAGCUUUGCGAUCAACGAUGGAGUAAACGAAAAGUAAUAAA